UGAAAUGACAGGGAAUUUCGGAAUAGCCUGAUUAAAGGAACGAUCGGACUCGGACUCUUCCUGCAGAUCCUUUGCCCAAGAUGACGAAGGGUACAUCCAGUUUUGGUAAACGGCGUAAUAAGACGCACACAUUGUGCAGAAGAUGUGGACGUAGUUCUUACCACAUCCAAAAGUCGCAAUGUGCUCAGUGUGGCUACCCAGCCAAGAAGAUGCGUUCAUACAACUGGUCAGUUAAGGCAAAGAGGAGGAAGACCACUGGUACUGGCCGUAUGCGUUAUCUUAAGAUUGUCCGCCGUAAAUUCAAGAAUGGAUUCAGGGAAGGCUUGCCAAAACCUAAAGCUGUUGCGGCUAAAUAAUGCAUAAAUAUCCCAUCUUGUUUAAUUAAGUUGUAUUUCGACUACCAAUAAAAAAUUUUAAAUGAA